AUUGCCAAACACGUAAUAGUCAAAUUUUGCCUUAUCUUAUAAACAGAAAAUUAGGGUUUUCACUAAAUCAUCAGACGGCACCGAUUUAUCAAAGCUUGCCGCCGUUGUUCCUCCUCCCUUCGCCGUUGUUAGUCAAGCAGUCGCCGUCGCCGCUUACGUCGAUCUCUCUAUCGGUUUACAGGUAUUCCAAAGGAUGUCGUACAAGAAUCGGUUGCAGGAGUUCACGCAAAGAUCAAAUAUUCCGUAUCCCAUCUAUCAUACUACCAAUGUGGAAGGAGUACAACAUUUGCCACAAUAUAGGUGUUCUGUUGAGGUUGAUGGAGAGACAUAUACAACUAUAAGGACAUGUUUAAAUAAAAAGGCAGCUGAGCAGGAGGCUGCAAAACUUGCUUUGGAAGGUAUCUCUAAGAAAAUAAAAGAUUCCGUAUCCAAGAAGACAAAUGAAGGAGGCUUUCCUCCCAUUUAUCAGGACAAAGUAUUUUGCAAGUCCAUCCUACAUGAAUAUGCUGUAAAGAUGAACCUAGAUUGGCCCAAGUAUGAUACUGUUAGGUUGGAGGGGCCUAUCCCAGUUUUCGUGUCUACCGCAUAUUUUAAUGGUGUGAAAUAUGCUGGUGGACCUAGUGUAAACAAGAAAGAGGCUGAGCAGUUAGCAGCACGUGCUGUUAUCUUAUCCAUUUUGGUUGGAUCUGGAGCAGAAAUGCUUCUAUCAGAAAUUGUCAAAUCCAAAGCUAAAUUAUUUUCCCAAGUGCAUGAACACCUCCAUGCAAACGUGGAUACUGGUAUCUCUUCUUUGCAGCCAAAUUUGGAAACUGCCGUUCACAUUUCUGCAAGCGAAGGAGAGAGGGAAGGUACAACUGAAACUGGUGGUGUGAUUAAUGGUGUUGUGGCAUUUCCCCUUUUGGAGCAGUCUGUGAGCAAAAAUGAUGUUUCGGAAGGUGCUGCUCAAACGGGUAAUGUGAUUAUUAUGUCUGAGGUUCCCAAGGGAAAUUCCGAUGCCCAAUCCAUGGAUGAAUUCGGAAAGCCAGUGGUAGAGUCAUUUUCACAAGGUACUGACCAAGCUGGAAAUGAUACUGUAUGUGUUGUGUCUGAGGUUGAGGGACAGGCUCAUGUUCUACCCGGGCAGGAAUUUGGAAAGCCAGUACAAGAGACAUAUUCUGCAGCAGUUCCUCUUCCAGUUGUCACAUUGUCAUGUACAGAUGAAAAUUCUUUGAAUGCAUCAGCUUGUGGAGUGAAAAAGAAGAAUAGAAAGAGGAAAAGGUCCAGGAAGCAAGCAAAGACUAAUUCGGAGACACAGGUUUGUGAGUUGCCUCUCAGUCAAGAGACGCCAUGUUCUGUAGUCUAAUGAUCAUUGCGAGGACUCAGCUUGUGCUGCUCUGAUGUGUAAUUUGCUGAACUUUUGAAUUGGCUUAUAUCUUCAAGACUUUAAGUCACCAUGUUUAUUUUUGUGGGCUAUUUUCUUUUCUUAUUGAUUAAUACAGGUAAUUAAUGUUGUAUAUUAAAAACUCUCCAGCAAGUCGUGUCGUGGUAGAAGUUUAUGAAUGCGCACAUUGAUGUGCUUUGGUUAGCUCUGAUCGAUAGGAAUAUUGGAUAGUCAGCUCUAGUUUAGUAUGAUUAUGCAAAGUAUCAUGUUUUGUACUGCUGCUUGUGAGAACUUGUGCAGCUAAAUAUUGUAGCACAAACAAACUGUGAUCUAGUAGUGUUAAUUUUGGUUUUUGACCUUCCCUUGUCUUAAA